GUCAUACUCAACUUGAUAUUCUUCAAAGCUUCAUCCAAAUUUACUCCUUGGCCGCAUUAAUGAUCCUCAAAGCUAUACCGCCUUCGCUAUUGAUUGCACUCAUCCCGACCAGUUCCCCAGUCAGUCAAGUUCGGGCUCCUCCCAUCCCAACUAACGUGAUUCGGCAUGCGUCUCCUCCACGCAUCAAAGCUUACACUCCAUGAGUUCUUUGGCAGCAAAAUCCCUUCGUACGCGAUCUUGUCCCACCGGUGGGAAGAUGCCGAAGUCACCUUUCAAGAUUUGAAGGACGAAAAGGGCCCUGGCAUGAAAGGCUGGGGCAAGAUCACCGGAUGUUGCACCCAAGCAGUCUUGGACGGUUGGGAAUAUGUUUGGAUUGAUUCUUGUUGCAUCGAUAAGUCCAGCAGCGCUGAGCUCUCGGAGGCGAUAAAUUCAAUGUUUGCCUGGUAUAAGCAAUCUAAAGUAUGCUAUGCAUAUUUGUCGGAUGUCAACUCUACGAAUGGAGACCACGAGGCUCCUAAUUCACAAUUUCGGCGCAGCAAAUGGUUCACUAGAGGCUGGACGCUCCAGGAGCUCCUCGCCCCAGAAUAUGUUGAUUUCUUUAGUAAGGAUUGGAAGUGGAUUGGAGGCAAGUCUAACCUGGGUGCCUUGCUCAGUGGUAUAACGCGCAUCACGGAUGUCUGGAAUUAUGAAGCUGCUAGUGUUGCCCAAAAGAUGUCCUGGGCAUCGGCAAGACAGACAACAAGAAUAGAGGACCGGGCGUACUCUCUUCUGGGUCUGUUCGGUGUACACAUGGCGCCACUUUACGGGGAGGCAGAAAAUGCGUUUCUCAGGCUUCAGCUUGAGAUACUAAGCAAGAUAGAUGAUGAUUUGAUAUUUGCCUGGGAAGGUGGCCAUCUGUACGGAACUUCUGGAUUGCUCGCACCGUCGCCAAAUUACUUCUAUGACUCUCACAUUUACACCCGCGUCAUAGUGGAUGGAAGCCGACCUCAUCAUAGUAUGACUGGCAAGGGUGUUUGUGUGCAGUUUGCAUUAAUACCAAGCUCUCAGGAUGAUCCCGCUGGCGUGGACGGGACGAAUUUCCUAGCACUACUAAACUGCACAUACAACGACUCGAGGGCAAUAAACACGCAUGAUCCACAGGCCUUGAUUGCUUUGCAUUUAUACGUCUCCAAAGUUGAUAAGAAUUGGCAUCGGCAUUCAAUAUUGGUACCUGUGUCUAUCACGGAGGAGAUCCGCCGGAAUAUUGCAAAUGAGUCCAGAAGAAUCAUUUAUGUGCCACAACUUUCACCCUCAGACGAAAGAGUCUCGGAUGGAGAUAUUUCAGUUGCCACGAAACUAUUGUCUGAUCGCGGAUUUGAAGUGAUAGGGCAAAACACUCGAAACAUACCUGGCUCCUGGUACCGUCCUGGUCAAGGCUUUCGUUACACUCUGGACAAAUUUGAUGAAAACGGUUCGCGAGCCUGGAUUACCUUCAGAUCUCGGGAAGAGUGGUCCCAAAGAUUUACACUGGUUCUUGGAGUCUCUUCUAAUCGCCUGUGGAUCGACCUAAUGAUCCCGGAAGCCUCCGAGUCGAUAAGGGAGAUCGUGGAUUCAGUUGACGAAUCAAGUAGGAUUGUCAUAGGUCGAGACAGGAUUUCUCGCUCUUUCUUCCACGGAUCUAUCAAUGCGAGGGUGUACACCGGGACCGAGAGCAAUGGCACUCCGAACAAAAGCGUGGACGUUGGUUUUGAUCCUGAAGGGAAUCUUCGGUGGCCUGUUAAAUAGUACACACGAGGAAGAAAAAGAUUGCAGCUGG